GUGUAUCACUGGCAGAGUGAGGGAGGGGGCAAGAAGUCAUCUGUGGAUGACAUGGUCCUCCUCUCCAAGAUCACUGAGUCAGCCAUUGCAGAGAACUUAAAGAAGAGAUUUAUGGAAGACAAAAUUUACACCUACAUUGGGCCUGUGCUUGUUGCCGUGAACCCCUUCAAGCAGCUGCCAUACUUUGGAGAACGUGAAAUUGAGAUGUAUCAGGGUGCGGCACAGUAUGAAGUUCCGCCUCACAUAUAUUCUAUUGCUGAUACAAUGUACCGGAAUAUGUUGAUCGAUUCCGAUAGCCAGUGUGUCAUCAUAAGCGGUGAAUCUGGAGCAGGAAAAACCGUCUCUGCAAAAUUUAUAAUGAACUAUAUAACUCGCAUAUCUGGAGGUGGACAGAGAGUCCAACAAGUUAAAGAUAUUAUACUUGAGUCAAAUCCUUUGCUAGAAGCCUUUGGAAACGCAAAGACAACAAGAAACAACAAUUCCUCAAGAUUUGGAAAAUACAUAGAAAUUCAGUUUUCUAGUGGUGGUGAACCUCUCGGAGGAAAGAUUUCAAAUUUUCUGUUGGAAAAGUCUAGAGUUCACUCACUCAAUGAGGGUGAGCGCAACUUCCACAUCUUCUAUCAGCUUUGUGCCGGAGCAACAGGUGACAUGAAAAACAACUUGGGAAUUUCAACACCGGAUUAUUUUUCCUACCUCAGCCAGAGUGGUGUGUAUAAGGUGGAUGGCACCAAUGACGCACACGAAUUCCAGGAAACACUCAGAGCAAUGUCUGUGAUGGGUAUGGCGGAAGAGACGCAGAUGGAUAUCCUGUCUGUCGUUGCGGCCAUUCUGCACAUGGGCAACAUCUCUUUCGUAGAACAGAAUAAUGCAGCCACAAUUUCUGAUGCAGCCUUUCUGCAGUUCCCUGCCUACCUCUUGGGGAUCGACGAGCAGAAGUUAGGCCAGAAGCUUACCAGCCGCGUGUUUGACAGCAAAUGGGGAGGGAAGUCGGAGAGAGUUGACGUCACGCUCAAUCUGGAACAGGCUCAGUUUGCUCGUGAUGCUUGGUGUAAGGGACUCUAUUCUAGGAUGUUUGAUUAUAUUGUUGAGACUGUCAAUAAAGCCAUGGUUACCGAUGCCAACUUAUUCAGCAUUGGUAUCCUCGACAUUUAUGGAUUUGAAAUAUUUGGUCGCAAUGGAUUUGAGCAGUUUUGCAUCAACUACGUGAACGAGAAACUGCAGCAGAUUUUCAUUGAGCUGACGCUGAAGAGUGAACAAGAAGAAUACAAGGCUGAGGGUAUUCAAUGGAAGCCCAUUGAAUUUUUCAACAAUAAGGUUGUGUGCGACCUCAUUGAGAGCAAGAGACCACCUGGAAUCAUGUGCAUCUUGGACGACACGUGUGCUACCAUGAGUGCUGUUUCCGAGGGAGCUGAUGAUGAGUUCCGUAAUAAGAUGAGCUCACAGGUCGGGAGUAAUCCUCACUACCAGCCUUUCAACCACGGUUUCACCAUUAAGCAUUAUGCAGGAAAUGUCUCCUACCAUGUUGAAAACUUCUGUGAGAAGAAUAGAGAUGUGCUUUUUACCGACAUCAUUGAGGUCAUGCAAGGAAGCACCAAUACAUUCAUCCGCAGCCUCUUCCCUGACGUGCUUCAAAAGGGGUCGAAGACGCGGCCAACCACAGCAGGCACGAAGAUCCGCACUCAGGCCAAUGAGCUAGUCACAACACUGAUGAAGUGUGUCCCUCACUACAUUCGCUGCAUCAAGCCCAAUGAGACUAAGAAGCCGCAUGACUGGGAUGAUCAGAUGGUGAAGCAUCAGGUUGAAUAUUUGGGUUUGAAAGAGAACAUCAAAGUCAAGAGAGCAGGAUUCGCAUACCGCCGUCCCUACCAGAAGUUCCUGCACAGGUACGCCAUCUUGACCAAGGAGACAUGGCCAGCUUGGUAUGGAGAGCCCACAGAAGGCAUAAACGUCAUAAUGCGCAGCGUUAACAUGGAUCCUGCACAGUACCAGAUCGGCCGAAGUAAGAUAUUUGUGAAGGACCCUGAGUCACUCUACAUGUUAGAAGAAUCAAGAGAGCGCAAGUUUGACCACUAUGCAAGAGUCAUCCAGAAGGCAUUCAAAAAAUACUUCAGUAAGCAGAGGUACCUAAAGGAAAAAAUGGCAGCUAGUGAUCUUCUAGUGAACAGGAAGGAACGUCGCCGGAAUUCCUUGAACAGAAACUUCUACGGAGAUUAUAUUGGUGUCGAGUACAAACCAGGCCUGACAGCACUGAUUCCAAGGAGAGAUAAGGUGGAGUUUGCGCUGACAGUUGACAAAUUUGACCGUAGAUUUAAGAAGACCAAAAGAGAUCUCAUCCUGACCAAAUCCCACCUGUACCUGAUUGGGCGAAUGCAGGUCAAGAAAGGGCCAGAGAAAGGUCAGAUCAAAGACGUAAUCAAGAGGAAAAUUGACUUGGAAAAUAUCUCUCAAGCUACUCUGUCCACAUACCAAGAUGACCUGGUUCUGAUCCACGUCCGGAAUGACUAUGAGUCAUUGCUGGAAAUACGCUUCAAGACGGAAUUUCUGAUGGUCCUUAACAACAAAUUAAAAGAAAGACAUAACAGAGAGCUGCCUCUGAACUUCAUUAACAGCUUUGACUUCCGAGUGAAGAAAACUGGAUGGGGUGGUGGAGGGACAAGGCGAGUAAGAUUCACAGAUGGAACCACAGACGAACCCCUAUUCGCAUCUUCUGGUUCUACGCUGUCUGUCAAGAUUGCACAUGGUCUAUCUUCCACUUCAAGGCCUGGUAUAUAUGUGAUAACUCCGGAUAUAAGAAUUCUUGCCAAUGAGAUGAAAUCACCCAAGAGUAAUAAUGUCCCUGGCUCAAAAGGAAACCUGCAGCCACCUGCUAGGAAUUUUGUACACAGGAGCCCCGGUGGAAGUCCCCUUCCAAGGCCCUCAGGACCGGCCCCAAAACCCCCCGGCUUAGCAGCAGUUUCCCCAAGACCCCGAGGGCCAGCAGGACCACAAUUUCGCCCCCCAAGUGCUCAGCCAGUGACAAGUCCUGGAUUCCCACGUCCUCCUGUAGCAAGAAUGCCAUUGAAUCCUGGAGGAGGACCGCCUGCCUUUAGAUUGCCUGGAAUGGGUAGUCCUCCAAUUCAAGCUAUGCAGCCGCCGCCUCCACCACCUAGCGAUCCUUGUCCAGACAAUCAGCCAAGCAUCGGGAAUGGAAGCUCGCGUAGUGUGAAUAGACCCCCAGCAAGUCUACCCGCAAAACCACCUAUUAAUAGACCCAAGCCUACAGUACCUCAAGUCAGGGCACUCUAUGGAUAUGAUGCAAGUGAUAUAGAUGAGCUGACAUUUAAUGAAGGAGAUAUUAUGGUGUUAGUACAAGAAGAUAAGUCUGGAUGGUGGACGUGCAGGUUUCGUGGUCAAGAAGGGUUUUGCCCAGCUAAUUACCUUGAGAAAAUGUAAAUUCUUUGAUUGUGGUAAAUAAUAUAGAAAAAUAAUAAUCUGUAUAUUUGUAUCGAUUCAUUUUAUAUUGUGGAGUCAUUCUCUAGUAUCUCAAUAUUUUGCUGGAGUUUAGAGGAGAAAUAGUUUUAAAAUUAAAAGUUCAGCUUAUAUUUAUACCUCAUAAUGUUAAAAAGCAUUAGAGAGAAAUGAUUGAUAUAAAAUUAGAAGAAAAGUAGCUAGCAAUAUUAACUUAUUUGGAUAUUGUAAAGAUAAAAGUAUUUUGGUCCUAGAAGAAAAUAAAUGUCAGUGCUCAUCAUGUACUUUAUAUUUUAUUAUAUUUUGUAUCGUAUCUGUGUAUGUAUGUGUGCGCAUUCAUCUGUGUGUUUGCGCAUGAGUGAAUGCAUGAUGUGGGUGAGUGUUUAAGCAGAUAACCUUUCUGAUGGUUUGAACAGCUAGCAAAACAGUUUAUUCUUAAAGGAAUAAUUUUAUAGUUCUGCUGAAUUCCUGGUAUAUAAAACAUUUUCCUGUGGCAUUUCAUACUUUGAUGUGUUCGAGAUUAAUGGGAGGAUAUUAUAGACUAUAUUUUAAUAAAAUAUGGUUUAUUUUGUACAGGAUCAGGAGUUGAAUCAGAACAGUUAUUUGUUAAAAUUGCUUUGAAAAGUAAUAAGUGUAUGGCUAUUAUAUAUGGUCCAAGUAAUCUUCAUUACAUAUACCUGUAAAUAUUAUCCGUUUCAACCGAUAAGGGUAAAGAUGUAUAUUCUUUUUAAUAUACUCUUCAUUCUGUUUGUGUAAAUAAUAACUACAGCAUGACAAAUGGUUUUUGAACUUUUCUUUAUUGCAUAAUAACUUGUAUCAGGUUUGCCUCUAUUUGUUUUGUUAAAAAUGUGUGAUGUUAUGAUCAAAGCAGCAUUGAUUUGAUCUCUUAUGUAUAAUGUUUUCUCAGCCACAUGAAACCUAUUAUUCAGCAGUAAUGAAAAUUAGUAAUGCAAUUUGUUUCGUCAGCAGAAUUGUAUUUGUAUGUAAUGUCAUUAUUAAUAAAUUCCAUUUCUCAUAUUAGCUAUAUAUCAGUGUAUGCUUAAAGAAAAGAUAGGAAAAGAUUGUAAAUAUGUCUGUAUAUUCAUUUUUAUAAGUAUUUAACAUAGAAAUAUACUGUAUAGGUGGUAUACCAACCUUCAUUUAGUGAAUGGACUAUACAGCAGUGAAGAUUUCUUGCUACUAAUGAUUGACUUUUCUGUUUUGUUUGCUCCUCCAUAGUGCUAAGGAAGAAAUAAAUAUGCCAAAGAAAAGAUAUGAGUAACCAAUAUUUAACAAGUCAUCUUUGGAAGUGCUUAAUGAAAUGAUGGAUGGACAUUUGUAAAUUAUACACCUAUCUAGUCUUCAAUAAAAUUUCAUGUUUGAAGUAAA